AUGAAGCUCGUCAGGUUCUUGAUUAAGUUGAAUAACGAUCGAGCUCAAGAACGGUACCCCGUCGUGUCGUCCCUGGCACUAUCACUGACUGUGAAACUGACUCUCAAGGGGAAGAACCCUGUCACUUCUCGAUCAUCUAAGCUAGAGUGGGGGAACAAUAUCCGCUACUACAUUCUCCUCGAUAGUUUGAACCUUGUGAGUUUACUUGUAGAGAACACUCCUAGGGGGAAGGCUAUUGGGCGUUGCAGAGGACGUGGUCGUGACAAAAGAGGUCGUUAG